AACCUUCGUCACCAUCCCAAUUGCCUUUGCAUUGUCACAAAGGUCAUCUAAAUUUUGGAAGUAUAUAGACAUAAGAAGCGCAUACUAAUUAUGCAGCUAGAUUCUGAUUUCUGGGAGUAGUUGUAAAGUUGAAACCAAACAUGGCAAAACUGUUUGAGAAUCAGGCAAGGCAAUAUGCAGAUUCAAGGCCAACUUACCCUUCCCAACUAUUCCGCUUCGUCGCCUCCAGCACACCCUCUCAUCAUCUCGCUUGGGACGUCGGCACCGGCAACGGCCAGGCUGCCCAAUCUUUAGCGGAGAUAUACCAGAAUGUGAUCGGCACGGAUACGAGUGAGAAGCAGCUUGAAUUCGCAGUGAAGCUCCCAAAUGUGAGAUACAAGCACACACCUUCGACGCUGUCGAUGAUGGAGCUGGAACAGACCGUGGCGCCGGCGGGAACUGUCGACGUCCUAACCGUUGCUCAGGCCCUUCACUGGUUUGACCUCCCGAUUUUCUACCGGCAAGUGAAAUGGUUGCUCAAGAAGUCUCACGGAGUAAUCGCUGCUUGGGGUUACAACGUGCCACGAGUCACCGACGAUGUAGACAAGGUGUUCGACGAAUUGUACGAAGUGAAACUGAGGCCUUAUUGGGAUCCACGGCUUGCAAUGUGGGAAGAUAAUUACAGGAACAUCGAUUUUCCGUUUGAGCCGGUGGCCGGAGCGGAUGAUACGGGACCGAUCGAGUAUGUGAUGGAGAAGGAGAUGGAUUUGGGGGCUUACUUGAGGUAUGUAACAUCUGUUUCACCGUAUCAGACAGCGAAGGAGAAAGGAGCGGGAGUUCCAUGGGAGGAUUAUAUUGAAAGAUUGAAGAGUGCUUGGAUUGAAGAUGGAUCUCAUACUAAGGUUGCCAGAACAUGGUCGAUCAGUUUCUCCAAGUUGAUAGAGGAAGAACCAGUUGGUGCUGUGGCUUCCUUUACAAUUUUCUGCCACUGCAAGACGUUGUGUCUAAUCUCCUUCCCCUUCUCUCCUUCCAUAAACUCAUUGAUGACUCUCUCCACCACUUCUUUGUUCACAUUUUUAUCAAUCUCAACCCCAAUGCCCCAUUCUACACAAGCAUACCUGCAGUUAGUUUGUUGGUCUCCGAAGAAGGGCCAAUAAGCCAUUGGAAUCCCUGCACACACACUCUCUAUCAGAGUUCCAUCCACAAUGCGUUAAGAAUCCUCCAAUUGAAGGAUGAUUCAACUCUCUCUUGUUUACCCCAGUUAGCUAUCAGGCCUCUUUCUUUCGUCUCACAUAGAAACUCAGGAGAUAGAAUCAUCGAGCCAUCCUUCACAAGAUCAAGCCUUGUGAUCCACAAGAAGUAUUUCUUGCUGUUGACUAAUCCCCAAGCAAACUCAUGCAGUUGUUCUGAAGUCAUAACCAUGAUGCUUCCAAAAUUAACAUAAAUUACAGAUUUAAGUUUCUUGGAUUCUAGCCAUUGAAUGCAAUGAGUCUCCUAUUUCCAAAGAUAGGAACCACUGGAUUCCAAUUGGUUGGGUUUUAAAAUUUGAGCGAGAAGCAAAGGGACAGGCCCUAUGGUGUAAGUGGAGGGAAAAUAGAAGAUAAAGUGUUCAGUGCAUCAUUCUCCAACUCAUUAAAUGUGAUGAAUAUGAUGACAUUAGCAUUUUGGGUUGUUUGUAGCUCAUUGAUAAUGAAGUUUGUAACUUCCUCAAUUUUAAACCAGGUUAAAUAAAUCCAAUCAAAUUAAUUCAGUGUAUUAGUAAAGUAUGUGGUUAGAAAGGCCUAACAGGUGGGUUUGGUUUCAAUUUCAACCCUAAACGUGAGUCUGAAGGAGAAUUGGAUCACUCAAGAAUAGAAGAGGAAGAAAUUCUGAAUGGGAGGUUCUAUGCCACGCGCCACAGCUUGUGGAUAAGCCGUCAUGGUGCAUGUGUGGUAACAAGCUUGGGAGGUGCUUUUUGUGUCAUACACCGUAACAUAUUGUGCGUCCACCAUAACGCGUGGUCAUAUUUUUGCUGUCAUAAGUUUGUGAAAUAAAGCAAAAAACAGAGGAAAAAUAAAGGAAUACGAGGGAGCAGUGGAAGAGCAGUGCUAGGGCUUGAAGAAUCUGAAUAUUUAGAGUAUUUUAGAACUCCUAAACAAUAAAGGUAAGCUUCCUUAUUUAAAUCCUUCUCUCUUCUUCUAUUUUUUUAUUGGUAGAAGUUAAAAUUUGGUUGAUAAUUGUAAUUUUUGGUUCAUAGAAGAUAUGGUUCUAAAUCUAUUAACUUAAAUAAAAUUAAUUGGAGUAGAUUGAUCUAAGUAAACUUGGUAUUUAUGAUUAUAUGGUAAUUGGUAGUUGAAGGGUAUUAAAUAUUCGAAAAUUCUCAUAAAUGUGUUGGUUGAAAAUAAUGUAGUUCCACUAAUGACCAUUAAAGAACUCAAUGAUAUUAAUGAGGGUUAAAGGAAGCUAAGAAACUUUAUGAAUACUUUUACAUGAGUUAAGAAUGAAUCUUAGGCAUUAAAAAGUGUUAAAUUAUUAGUGAAAAAUUAGCCCAAAUGUAGAUAUUGAUGAGUUGCAUUGUAAAUGUUUGUCGAGUGACUACACUUAGCACCAUUCUAGCUUCUUGGAAGCUUUGGGAGUGAGUAUGUAAAAGGUGAAACUUUUGACCUUUCAAAUGUUUGAGGUAACUGAGGGAUUCUAUCUUAUACUUUUGUGUGUUAAUUAGUUUGUUGAAUAAAAUUUGAUAAUUAAAUUAUGUAAAAUUGAUUAAAAUGUAAAUGUGGCUUGCUUUGUUUGAAAAGCCCACUAUGAAGUAGCGAUUUAAUGUAGUUCAAUAAUUUUGAAAUUAUGAAGUUCAAUGAUUGUCAAAGUGUGAGAUACCAUGAUCGUGAAAAUAAGAGUUUAAUGAUUUGAGUUGAUAGGAGUUCAAUAAUUUUGAAAUUUAUGAAAUUCAAUGAUUGUGAAUGUAUGAGGUACAAUGACCUUUUUGAUUUACAAUUCAAUGAAAAUAUGUUUAGAGAGUAUAAUGAUUUCUUAUCAAUGAUGUUUUAUGAGUAUAUGUAUUGUAGAAGUUCAAUGAAUUGCAAAAUGCUGGAGUUCAAUGAAACUAUUUAUGUGGAAUUCUAUGAAGUAUGUUAAAUGUGAAUUAUUGUAUAAAUAUGCAUUGCAUGAUCAUGAGAGGUAAGAGUUUACCUAAGAAGAUGAGUAAAGAAUUAAAUCUAUGUGGUAAGGCUUCCAUCCAAGUAGAUGGCUUGUCCCAUUGUUUAUAUAUUCAUCGUCCCAUUUGUUCAAUGAGGGAUUGUUCCACUUGUUCAAUAAGAAAUUCGAACAUAACUAGCUAUCCACUAGUUCAAUGAGAAAGGUAGUUUAGAAAGUAUGACACCCUAUAAUGUGACAAAAUGGGAGAAAUCGUGUUUCACAAGUGAGUUGGGUGAGCCUUGGCUGGGUAAUACUCUCACAAGUGUUUAGAUUAGGGAAGUCAUAGAUUAUAAACUAUCCCAUUGUGUUUAUAGCCCACAAUUUCAUGUUAGAAGAACAAAAAAGAUAUAAGGGAGAUGUGAUUAUGCAUAUAGUGAGCAAGGGCACAUAGUUUUCUGUAUUGUGACUUUAAUGAUGGAUAUCAUGAAUUGAGUCUUAAUCACUCUUGAGUAGAUGCCAUUUGAUAGUGUGACAAAUUCUCUUCUACAUGAAAGUUGUUAAAAAGCAUUAUUUCCUAAAUAUGUGCUAUUAUGCCUAUAAAUGUGAAUUUAUACUCUCAAAUGUUUUAUAUGGUUUGGAGAAUUGAUUAUAUUUUUCACUUGUAUUUAAAUUAAUUGAUAUGCAUUAGUAUAGGUUAGUUGGAUCUUGAUUAUUAAGUGGUUAUACUUACCCCAUUAUCUUCAAUAUUGCAAGAAAUAGCUCAAGAGGAUUGGAUAGAGGAAAGCAACCGGAGGCUUAAAAAUGGGAUUCUAUUUAGUAGGCCUCUUUAUUUUUGAGUCGUUAUGUGUAUCUGACAAUUGAAAUUGUCAAAUAGGAUUAGUCCAUUUUUGGUUCUUACUUGCAUUAUAUAAUUUUAAGAUGUAAGUAUAUUUUGGACCCUAGGGAGUGAGUUUAUAAUAUUUGAUAUUUGUAAUAGGACCAAAAUACUAAUGCAAGUAAGGGUUAGGCAUAAUAUGUGUUGAUUAUAAAAUAUUUGUUGAAAAGUGAUUUGAACUCCCCCUUGUAUGUUUUUGAU